AUGCUUGGCUGCUUCUCCCGGCUCCGGCGGCCGGCGUCUACAGCCGGGGCACCGGCGCCCGUGCAGCAUCCGUGUGACGACGCUUCCACGUCUGCUACGUCGACCUCCACCACGCCCACCUCUCCGUGCUCGUCCUCCUCCUCCGCCCGCUUCAAGAAAGCAAGCCUCCGGGACGGUGGCAGUAGAGGCGGUGAAGCCGACGGCGCCGUCGCGAAGGAGUACCUGUCUUCCGCGGUCACCGUGGACUCUGGGCUGUCGUCGGCCAUCGCGUCCCGCCGGUUCUUCCUCGCCUCUCCAGGCCGGUCCAACUCCAUCGUCGACUCGUCGGCGCACGCCGGGGUGAUCGGUUUGGGCGCGGCCGGCGUGGCUGUGCCGACCUACUCGCCGGACCCGCACGCCGACUUCCUCAAGUCCAUGGAGGAGAUGUCAGCGGCGCUGCAGCUGGACGCCAGGCGGCGCGGCGACAGGGCGCGCCUCCACGAGCUGCUGCUCUGCUACCUCGCGCUCAACGACAAGCGCGCACACAGGUACAUCGUCAGCGCCUUCACCGACCUCCUGCUCCGCCUCACCGCCACCACCGACGACCUCGAGCUCGACGACGAGCAGGACGCCUUGUAG